AGAGACGGAGAGAGAGAGAGACAGAGACAGAGAGACAGAGAGAGAGAGAGAGAGAGAGAGAGAGAGACAGAGAGAGAGAGAGAGAGACGGGAGGAGAGCUCCGUCUCUCCCGGUGCACUUGGCAGUCUUGUUGCGGGCUGCUGUGCUGUUGCUGUCGUGGCGUGGCUGGUCGCGCCAGGCGGGGGAACUUCACCACACUGGAGCCCAGAGUCCCACUCUCUCACCUGCGCAGUUCGGAGCUGCCAUGGGUCUCUCGCCUGGAUUUACUGUCCUAAUCGUUCUAUCGGCCUUUCUGCUGCACACCAGCGGCCUUUACAUCGCCAGUAGCGUUGACUCCCUGCAGCAUGUCCUGGGGGAGUAUGGACUGGUGAGGCCGAUGAGUGUGGAUGCGGAGGGCCACUUCCUGUCGCACGCUGUCUCGGCAGGCCGUAUAGCAGGAGGGCAGCCCCGUAGGCGCCAGAAGAGGGAGGUAGGAGAAGGCAAUGAAGAGUGGGAAGGACCAAGAGGAGCAGGCGAAGACCGAGAGCCGCCGGCCCGCCGGGAAAGGCUCUACUACAACGUCACCGUCUUCGGCCGGGAGUUCCACCUGCGCCUGCGCCACAACGCCAGGCUGGUGGCCCCCGGAGCAAAGAUGGAGUGGCGCAACGACAAAGAUAGCACGCAGCACUUUGAGACGCUGCAAGACGACUGCUUGUAUGUGGGUGACAUCACAGACACGCCAGGAGCCACCGUGGCCAUCAGCAACUGCGACGGCUUGGCUGGUAUGAUCAGGACGGAGCAAGAUGAGUACUUCAUCGAGCCUGCAGAAAGAGGCGAUGGAGUGAUUGAGGAGGAGGAGUCAGGAGGAGGAAGAACGCACAUCGUCUAUCGCUCUUCAGCCGUAAAGAAGGCACCCAUCGACAGCUCAGUUGCAGACUCUCACUCCAGAGGUUCUGAUCUUGGUGGUCUAAUGGAUCUGGAGUCUCUCUACCGAGGCGUGGAACAAAGCAUCAACAACACCCGAGCACGACGCGCUCGCAGGCAGAGCAUGGACCGGGCCUACAACAUUGAGGUUCUGCUCGGCGUUGAUGACUCUGUGGUCCAGUUUCACGGAAAGGAGCAUGUCCAAAAGUAUCUUCUCACACUCAUGAACAUAGUGAAUGAGAUCUACCACCACCAAUCUCUGGGAGCAAAAAUCAAUGUGGUACUGGUGCGGAUUAUCAUGUUGGGCCAUGCAAAGUCCAUUACUCUAAUCAAGCUGGGGAACCCUUCCCAGAGUCUGGAGAACGUGUGUCGUUGGGCCUAUGAUCAGCAGAAACAAGACACUUGGGAUGAUCAGUAUCACGACCACGCUAUCUUCCUCACACGGCAGGAAUUCGGCCCCACGGGCAUGCAGGGUUAUGCCCCAGUGACUGGCAUGUGCCACCCAGUAAGAAGCUGCACUUUGAACCACGAGGAUGGUUUCUCUUCGGCCUUUGUGGUAGCGCAUGAGACCGGACAUGUGCUGGGCAUGGAGCAUGAUGGACAAGGGAACCGCUGUGGAGAUGAGGUGCACAUGGGGAGCAUCAUGGCCCCACUGGUUCAAGCUGCCUUCCACCGUUUUCAGUGGUCCAGGUGUAGCAUGCAAGAGCUGGGACGCUACCUACAUUCUUAUGACUGUCUCCGGGACGACCCCUUUGACCACAACUGGCCAUCACUGCCGCAGCUUCCUGGUUUACACUACUCCAUGAAUGAACAGUGCCGGUUUGACUUUGGUGUGGGCUACACCAUGUGUACUGCGUAUCGCACCUUCGACCCAUGCAAGCAGCUCUGGUGCAGCCACCCGGAAAAUCCUUUCUUCUGCAAGACCAAGAAAGGACCGCCCAUCGAUGGCACCACGUGUGGAAAUGGGAAGCAUUGCUUUAAAGGUCACUGUGUCUGGCUGACACCUGACAUCAUCAAGCAAGAUGGGAACUGGGGUUCCUGGAGUGAAUUUGGACAGUGCUCUCACCCAUGUGGUGGCGGAGUUCAGUUUCGCACACGCGACUGCGACAAUCCAAGACCAGCCAACGGAGGCCUCGGCUGCAUGGGGGCGGAAUACCAGUUCCAGAUGUGCAACACUAACGAGUGCGAGGACAUCUACAGUGACAGGCGAGAGGAACAAUGUCAUGCUUGGGACCCUCGUUUGGAACAACCCAGCAACAAGCAGUGGCUCCCCUAUGAACACCCAGAUGCAAACAAGCGCUGCCACCUGCACUGUCAGUCCAAGGAGACAGGGGAUGUGGUCUUCAUGCAGCGCAUGGUCCAGGACGGCACACGUUGCUCAUACAAGGACCCGCACAGCGUGUGUGUGCGUGGAGAGUGUAAGAAAGUGGGCUGCGAUGGUGUGGUGGGCUCCUCCAAGAGGGAUGACAAGUGUGGCGUUUGUGGCGGGGAUAACUCCAGGUGCAAAACCUUCAAGGACACAAUCACCCGCACCGUCAAGAAGCAAGGUUUCCUCAAAGUUCUUGAAAUUCCGAGAGGGGCGCGACACUUGCUGAUACAAGAGCUGAAAUCUACCUUGCACACUUUUGCUGUGAAAAAUGUGGCUUCAGGACUGUUUUUUAUAAAUGGGGAAAAUGAAUACCCUCAAUCAAAAUCUGUCAUUGAAAAGGGCAUAGAGUGGGAAUAUGAAAACGACAAAGACAAGGAGACACUUCAGACAACAGGCCCCCUCAGACAUGGAAUUCUGAUCUUGGUGAAAACACACGGUGAUGAGGAUGUGAAUUUUUCCUAUAAGUAUAUGAUGAACAUGGACAGUGAUUUUUCCAUUCAAAACAACAUUCUGGUGGAGGACAGCGCCUAUGAAUGGGCCCCAAAGAGGUGGUCCAACUGCUCCAAGCCAUGCGGUGGAGGGAAACGAUACCUGCGAUACGGCUGUCGAAGAAAAGUGGACAGUAAGAUGGUCCACAAGAGCUUCUGUAACAGGUCCAAUAUGAAACCUCGGGACACUCAAGACUGCAACCAGAAGCCCUGCCCUCCACCAAUUUGGGUGGUAGGGGAAUGGCAGAACUGCAGCAAGCCGUGUGGCAAGACCGGAAUGCAAGUCCGCUUGGUCAGCUGCAUCCAACCGUUAGAGGACAACACCACCAGAUCUAUCCAUAAUAAAUAUUGCAACGAUGACCGUCCAGAGACCCGUAGGUCUUGCAACCGACACGCCUGCCCAACUCAGUGGAGAGUCGGACCUUGGUCUCAGUGCUCAGUGACCUGCGGCAACGGGAAUCAGCAGAGGCAGGCCGUGUGCGACACCAGGGACAACACCAUCGGCCUGUGUCUGGACAGUAAGCCCGACACCCUCAGAAUGUGUCGUAUGGAUCCAUGUCCUAAGGGCUCAUCAGACCUGAACAAGAACGGCAACAUCCUGAUCCAGUGGCUGUCCCGCCCCAACCCCAACAACCACAAGAGCUCCUCACGUCGCCGUUGUUAUGGAGACCGCUCUGUGUUUUGCCGUAUGAAGGCGUUGAACCACUACUGCUCUCUACCAGACUUUCAGCGCCUAUGCUGCAAGACGUGCAGCAAUAUUACAAUCACAGAGUCUGAAACUAACCCCACAUUAACCCCCAAUGCCUCCACCCAAUCCCCCGUCACGGCUCAUCCACCUACUAGCCUCACGUCUUUGUUCACCUCCACCACCCACUCCACUGAAGUCAUUGUCACUCCAGGAGCCACCACUAACUCCUGGAGCAUGACUCAUCCUCCCACAGUCAUGACUCCGGUCCAUUAUUCCACCUUGAGCUCACUUAGUACAACAGAACCGAUCACCACCCACCCGAAAGCAGCUUCCACAUCUCCCGUAGUCCCUCUCCAUUUAUCUGAGGCAACCACUUCUGUUGUUACAGACUUUCCUGGACCUACGGUGGAACCUCUUCCUGAGCCCUCCCUAAGAAUAGACAAGACUGUUCCAAACCCUCAGAGCACUACAAAUAAUCCAAGUUUUAUAACUGCCACAAACUCUCCCACAAAACCAACUCCACCUACCGGUCAAGGAACAGACAGUACAAAACGACCACUGGUAUCCAAGUUUAAAAAAGCCCCAGAGCCAAAGAAAAAAGCCCCCAAAGUGAAUUUACCAAAAAAGAAGACUGCAGAAAAGAAUAUUGCCAAAAAGAUAGCUACAGCUAAGGUUAAGCCUAAAGCAAAGAUAAGCACUCAAGUGAAAAUUAAUCCAAAAUCCCCCAAAAAACAAGAUGACAUUGCUCCAACAAAUACGACCACUGUCAACACAACUGCCCCAGGAAACACAACUCACAUAAAGACUACACCAGUCAAGCCAAUUUCCCAAAAAAUUACCACUGCCAAGGCAAGUCCCCAAAAGGCUAAACCAGCUGCCAAAAAGACCACACCAACCAAAACAACUCCCAAGAAGACAACACCAGUCAAGCCGGUGUCCAAAAAGACCACCACUGCCAAGACAACUCCCCAAAAGGCUACACCAGUCAAGACACCUGCCAAAAAGACAACUGCAAUCAAAACAACUGCCAAAAAGACUACACCAAUCAAAACAACUAACAACAAGACUCCGAAAGAGACUACAGCAGCCAAAGCGACUCCCAAAAAGACAAUCACUGCCAAAACGACUCCCCAGAAGAUAAAACCUAAAAACACAACCCCCAAAAGGAUUAAACCAGCUAUCACAACACCGCAAAAGACGAUGCCCGCUCACACCCUUCCCAAAAAGAGUCUAAAGACAACCCUAAACAAGUCUCACCCAAUUAAAAGGCCUCCAGAGAAGAAAAACAAGUGGAAUCCCAAAAAUAAGAUAAAUACCCCCCAAAACUCUUCUCGUUCUGAUUUGGAAUCUGUUAAUCAAACCAAAACAAUAACUAGCCAGAAAAAGAAGACAGUUAAUGAAAACAUCACUGUGCCAAUAAUAGCUGCAACAACAGGUUCAUAUCCCACAACAUGGGCCACUCCACUCAUAAGCCAGGGGUCAGCAAGAGAGAAUGUUUCUUCCGUCUCUACCACGAGCAUCUACAGUAGAGUGGCAAGCCUGCCUCAACCUGACUCAGGAGUCGACGUUACGUCUAUCAGAGAAAACACAACAUCAACGACAAAUAAAGUUCUGCUGUUGCCAAAGGACAACUCGGAAUCUACAACUCCUAGCAACUUUGAAGACGUCACGAUACCCAGUGGUAACGUGCCGUACACAUAUGUCACAAUAAGCAGCAGCGGCGAUGUCAUUGCCAGCGGCGGUGACGUUCUGAGCGGUGACGUCGUCACGCUGCCCUACGGUGACACCACGGUGCUAGAUGACAGCUUGACUGUGAUGAUACCAACCAUUGACAACGAGGAUGUGAGCCAUCCGGUUUCCUCGCCCUGGGUGGACCGUUCCGAGUACAUCCCCGUGAAUUCCCCUGCCGCCACGGCAACACCAGACUCCCCCACCUCCCUUUCCAGCACGACUUUCCCGCCCCGGCUCGGUCAGAAAGAAAACCACGAGAACAACUCCGUCGACGUCACGUACAACAGGAUUAGCGGUGCGGACAACGACAUCUCUCAGAACAACCUGAUCCCAAAGCGUCAGUUCAGCUUCCGGGAAAAGACCAGAAACAAACGCAUUCAGGAGCUUCUAGAAGAGAAGCGAAACCUUCUCCUCAGAAAGAAGAGAGGCCAUGCAGAGCGAUAGAACAUGUCAGUUCUCUUAGAGACGAACACCUUGACAGACUGAGCAGCCGUGAGAGCCUUUAUCUGGACUUCAAACCACCAACUGUCCAAUUGCCAUUGAGACAGGACUAUUGCCAAUCGACAAACAGUUUAUUUGGAAAAAAAUAUAAACUCUAGCAGAAUACACAUCUAUUUUAACUAGCACUUUAUAAAAGCUUACUUGUUACCCCUCCAUAUCAUCCACAAUCAUGUUCAAUAUUUUGAUGAGAACUAUUGGUACUAUUGAUACUCGCAAUCAGCGUCCACCUGGAAUUCAGAUCAGUAUAUUUGAUCAUACUAGUGCGACUAAUAAUAGCUACUGUGCGUGUCUACUCUCAGAACAUGUACAACUACAUUGAAACGACUGUAUAUGUAUAUACAGUACUACAAAAGGUACAGGAUAUUCUCAGGAUGAAUAUAUACUUAAUUAGGCCUUCUCUAAACUUUUGAAUACACAUGUCCAUGUAGACCAGGGGUGUCAAACUCAUUUUUGUCAUGGGCUGCAUCGUAGUCAUAGUUUCCAUUAAGAACGUCAACAAACUGAUGAAUAACUAAGUUUGAAACUGGAGACUAAAACUGUUCAAAUAUUCUUAAAAGAUCAAUGGUAAAAAAAAAAUCUAGCAAUAUCUCUAUUUCUUUAAUAGUGAAGACAAUUUGUAAGUUUAGUAUUGACACAUGAAGACGUGACAGGCCGUAUCCGACACCCGGGCCUUGAGUUUGACACGUAUGAUGCAGACCGUUUGAUCACUACAAUCAGUAUAAUUAAUCCAAAUUAAUUCAUCCAAAAAAUGCACCAGGACAUCAAAUAGCUGCCCUAUGGUAAUUUGAAAAUGCUGCUCAAACAUAAGCUCGCAUUUCAGUUCAGUCAUUUUAAAACUACCUGGGUUAAUGUUUCCUUUUCCACAGUUGAAUGCACAGAGGUUUCUCAUCUUGCAGGAAAAUUAAGAUAUGAACAACUGGUAAGGUGCAUAUAUGACACAUGGUGCUUUACGUACUUACAUAUGAUGAAGCUAUUGCUGAGAAUAAGGUUCAAGGGGACAUGGUAUGGAAAACAGCGUAAAAGGUUUUCUUGUGAGCAAUAGUUCAUUUGCAUAAGAGAGAAUCACUAGCUGCCAAAACAGUCCGAUUUCAAGAACAAAACUCAAUGCAGCUCUCCUGCAAAAGUCAGUGCUGGCUCAUUUUAACCAUAUGAGUGCACAGAGAGCUGAUUGCAAUUUGGCUAGCUGGCAAAAUGCCAAAUUACUUGUCAAUUAGUUUAAUAGUGUGGCGCCUGACGUCGCCAAAUCCACAGGGUUACAAGUAUGUGCCAUUCAUCUGAAGCUAAUUCUGGCAACACCAUUAGCUUGUGCUAAUCUGGACCAAUACUGCAACUCUGCUUAUCCGUUGGCCUUGAAAGUGGCGCUAGAACCCGAGUGGGGGAACUUGGUGUGAGGGUGGUUAUGUAAAUUAGUGCAGAACAACUUGCUUAGGACACAUUUUGAGAGAUAGGAAGGUUAGCCAUUGGUUGAUUAACUUGACCCUUGACUUGAGUGAGACUCAACUAUUUGUGUACAAGUAUUGUCCCCCUUCAGUCAUAAGGAGUAAAAUUAGAUUGUGGCAUGUUUUUUUUUUGUUUGCUUUUUUACAUUUGUAUUAUUUACAUUUUGGUCCAUCAGUUAUAUAUUGUGGUCAGUGGUGCUAAAAGUGUUGUUUCUCAAGAUUCAAGAUUCAAGAUUCAAGAUUCAAGAGUUUUUUAUUCGCCAUGUUUGAGCGUGCCAAACAAGGAAUUUGACUUCGGUAGAAACACACCCUCUGUUCAACAUUUAGGUGACUAACAACAUUCAGGACAUGUGAAUAAUGGCAAAAACAGUGUAGACAAAUUCAAAAAGGUGUGAGGAGCAGGAUGUUAUUGCACAGUAAUGUCUCUGAGACUCUAUAAGUGGUGUGAGUUCAUCAGAGCAACAGCCUGGGGGAAGAAGCUGUCUCUGUGUCUGCUGGUUUUGGCGUACCGAGCUCUAUAACGCCGUCCGGAGGGGAGUAGUUCAAACAGACUGCAACCCGGGUGAGAAGGGUCUGUAGAGAUGUUCCUUGCCCGAUUCCUGGUCCUGGACAGGUACAAGUCUUGGAUAGAUGGGAGGUUGAUUCCAAUGAUCUUUUCUGCAGUUCUGAUUGUCCGUUGUAGUCUGUGCUUGUCUUGUUUGGAGGCCGAUCCAAACCAGACAGUGAUGGAGGUGCAGAGGACAGACUGGAUGAUGGCAGUGUAGAAGGUCUUCAGAAGCUCUCGCGGCAGGUUGAACUUCUUGAGCUGUCUCAGGAAGUACAGCCUCUGCUGGGCCUUCUUCCGGACAGAGUCUAUGUGGCCGGUCCAUUUCAGGUCCAGAGAGAUUGUGGUUCCCAGGAACUUGAAGGUGUCUGUGGAAAGAAUAGUAUUACUGCGGAUAGUUAGGGGUAAAAGUGGUGAAGGGUCUCGCCUGAAAUCCACUGUCAUCUCCACGGUCUUGAGCGGGUUCAGCUCCAGAUGGUUUUGACUGCACCAGUGGACCAGCCGCUCCACCUCCUGUCUGUACGCAGUCUCAUCACCGUCCUGGAUCAGUCCGAUGAGAGUGGUGUCGUCUGCAUACUUCAGGAGCUUCACAGGGGAGUCACCUGAGGAAAAAUCAUUGGUGUAGAGGGAGAAGAGCAGUGGGGAGAGGACGCAACCCUGAGGGGCUCCAGUGUUGGUGGUCCGGGUGUCAGAUGUGAUGCCCCCCAGCCUCACACGUUGUCUCCUGUUGGUCAGGAAGCUGGUGAUCCACUGACAGGUGGAGGCAGGCACCGCAAGCUGGAUGAGCUUCUGUUGGAGGAUGUCAGGGGCGAUGGUGUUGAACGCCGAGCUGAAGUCCACGAACAGGAUCCUGGCGUACGUUCCUGGGGUGUCUGAUUCAUUAAUUGAUGUAAAAAUAGGAAAAUAGAGAUAAUAUAACAUUUUCAUUUUUAAGCAGCUAUUUGUCAACUUUGUCUCCAUAGAAGCUUUGAGGGCUGCUUAGAAUUUCAUAUAUGUCUAACUGGAAACAUCCGCAGAAUUUUCUGUACAAUAUCUGUACAUAUCAAAAAGAACUUAAUGUCUAAUAUUUAUUAAAAGUUUAAGUGCC